AUGUCUGCUUCACCAGAACACCAAGCCGAUUCGCACGCCGUGUCCGCGGAUCACGAGGAACCCGAAAAGGCCCCGACACCGAUUACUGGAGAUGAUGACGAGGGUGACAAGGCUGAAGCCGAAACUGGAGAACAGGAAGAUCAGCCCGAAGAAAACGAUCAAGAUGAUGACGGCGCACCCUCUGACGACGAGUCUCUUCUUUCCGAAGUCGACGAGGCGGAGUUUGAGAAUUUCGAUCCAGAGAACGUUGAAGUCGACGACCGCCCGCAAUUGGCAAUUGAUGAGGAUAACCUGAAGCUUAUCGGACGACACAAGCGCAAGCGCGCCGAUGGCGAGGAAGGACGCCCGCGCCGUAAGGAGGGUCGUCGUGAGAAGAAGGGCCGUCGCGGACAAGAUGAGGAAGAGGGAGGCGGCGAUGAUGGAUCGGCUCGUCGACAGAAGAAGAAGAAGGAGGCAUCGCCUGAUACGGAUGAGGAGACUCUGGACCCCGAAACACGUCGUCGUCGAGCCCUUGACCGUGCUAUGGAUGAAGCUAUGAAGAAGCCUACCAAGAGACGAGCUCGGAAGCAGGAUGGCAUUGACCUUGAAGCUAUGGCGGAUGCCGAAAUCGAAGAUAUGCGCAAGCGGAUGACACACGCAGCUCAGAUGGACGCUAUCAGUCGCCAAGAAGGAAAGCCAGCUAUGCAUAAACUUAAGCUCUUGCCGGAGGUUCUUCAACUCCUCAACCGCAAUCAAUAUACAAACAGCUUGGUCGACCCGGAAAUCAACCUUCUUGAAGCCGUUCGAUUCUUCCUCGAGCCUCUCGACGACGGAUCGAUGCCAGCCUACAACAUUCAGCGUGACCUUCUGACUGCCCUGACCCGAUUGCCCAUUCAAAAAGAUGCUUUGAUUGCUAGUGGUAUCGGCAAAGUUGUCGUCUUCUACACCAAGAGCAAGCGAACUGAGCCCAACAUCAAGAAAAUGGCAGAGAAGAUAUUGGCUGAAUGGACCCGUCCCAUUCUCCAGCGGAGCGACGAUUACUCUAAGCGUGUGUUCCAGCAAGCUGACUAUGAUCCUACUAAAAACGUCAAGCGCACUACUUCUACCGCCGAAAUUGUCGCUGCUGACGCGCGCGCGCGCGACAAGCUUCCUCCUCGCAUGCUCAACCGUGCGCGUGUUGACCGUACUCAAGUCAGUUACACUGUCGUUCCUCGACAAACAGGUGUGCAAGAAAGUCGGUUUGCUCGACCUCUUGGUGCCAGUGGUGAAGACCGUUUCCGCAAGAUGCAAGCUCGACAGAAUGCUGCAUCCAAGGCAUCUCGCCGGUAA